AUGUCCUCGGCCCCCUACCCCGAUCCCACAGCCCUCAUCUUCCCUCACCAACCGUCCCUCUCCUCGCUCCUCUCUUCCCUCCGCCGCUCAACCCUCUCCCUGCACAACCGCCUGGCCUCAAUCCGCGCCGACGCCGCCUUUGUCGCUCGCGCCGCCUCGGCCUUCUCCCGGCCCGGCGCCCAUGAUGACGGCGAUGCCGGCUCGGCGUCGUUCAACGCCGGCAGAAACAACUGCAGCAGCGGUAGACGGCCGAGGCCGCUCGUCGCCAACGAGCGCUGCGGAAGUUGGUACAUGCCGCCGGACCGCAAGGCCGCCAGCGCCUACUUUAAGAGCACCGACGGCCAUGAGCGCGCGUGGAAGUUUAGCACGCGUAGGCUCAACCUGCAUCUCGUCGACAUGAUUGAGGACAAUGACGGCGUCAUCAUCGUCGACUCUACCCGUCGAGGAAAACGCAUGCCCGACGCCCUCUCUACCACCAUCCCCAUCUGGUGCACCGUCGUCAACCUCGCCCUCUUGCCCUCGCACCCUCUCUCGCCGAAUCUCUUCCUGCCACCCCAUCUGCCCCCCUCGACUCACGCCCAAGUCUCCGCCCUCAUCCCAGGCUUCCUCGCCUCGCUACGCGCCCUCGAUCUUGACUUGCUGCCCCGUUGCCGCCUCUCCAAGCCGCUGCGCCCGCUCUGGGUUACCCCCGACUCCACCCUCGAUCCGGACCCGGGCCCGGACGCCGACGGCUCCCUCUUCGAUGACUACCGCCCCGUCAUCUGCUGCACUGCCAGCAGGGCGGUCCGGGGCAGCGAGAUGGACGAGGGCGGCUAUGUGCAGGGCGCCGCUGACGAUGCCGAGAAUUGGUCCUGUGGCUUGACCCCGACCCUCUUCUGGGACCACGUCGACGAGCUGCUGGCCGCUCCCGAAGCCGAACUCUCUGACAUGAUAGCCAGCCUUGUCUCGCAGCGCGAGUCCGCUCGCAAAGACGGCAUGGCCGCUUCUUCCUCCCCGGCCUUGUCACGCAAAUCGCUGACCUCCUACCUCUCCGUCUGCCCCCUGCCCCUGCACACACCCACCGCCCCCAACACCUGCCACAUCGCCCUUACCUCCGCCGCCUCGACGCCGCAAGACUCAUGGACCCGGUCCCCGACGCACAUGGAGGUCGGCCUCGGCAGGCACAAGACGGCCAGCCGCAACCUUCGUCUCGCCCUGCCCGAAAUCUGCGCCUUUGCCGCCCGCUUCCUCGACAAGGGGACGCCAUCGGAGCCCACGGCGCAGGUGGUGGUGGCGUGCGACUCUGGUAAGGAUGUCUCGGUAGGUGCAGCGCUCGCCUUGUCGUGUUAUCUGUUCGACGAGCACGGCGCGUUCCGUGUGCCAGGGGAGGGCUUGUCCUUUACCAAGGCGCUCGUCAAGGCCAGGCUGGGCGCCAUCAUGAGCGCCUUCCCCGAAGCCAACCCCAGCCGGCAAACCCUGCAGAGUGUAAACAGCUUCCUGAUGGAUUGGCGAAAGUGA